AUGUCGGGCUUGAAGACGGCGUUUCGCCACUACCAGCAGUACUUGAAGGCGCCCGUGCCGGGUUGCAGCAUCGCGCACGUCGACGACAAUAUCUUCCACGUGAGCACGCGCCUCGUCGACGGUAUCUUUUGCGGCAUCUCGGUGCACUGGGAGCUCAAAAUCCCGCCGUCGUACCCGCACUCGCCGCCGUUCGGGCGCGUUCUGCCCGACUAUGCUUUUACGAACGAGUACCACUCGCACGUUUUUCCGGACGGCAUCUGCGUCGACGUGCUUGCCAACCACGAGUACAUGCACCAGAGCGCGUCUCGGUACGGCGGCUGGACGCCCAGCAGCAACCUGACGCUGCUCAUGAUCUACAUGCAAGCCUUCUUGGCCGACCCCGACUAUAGCAUGCCGUCGGCCGCGGCCAUUGCGCGGCUCCGAACCAUGGACGCAGCGUACACGUGCGCCGUCUGCGGCCACGACCCCGCGACGAUCAAGCUCGAAGACACGGACGAGGUUGAGUCAGAGAUCAAGACGCUGACGCCGCACCUCGAGCGCGUCCGCCGCGAGAUGGUGUGUCCGAUCCGGAUGGAAAACCUCGUCGAGCACAACGUGCGUCUUGGGUACCCACUGCGGGUCGACGCGAUGCCGCGCCGCAUCCAGAUCUAUCUCUACCCCGAGAUCAUGUCGCGGGAUGCAUUUGACGAAGCUUUGGACGCUGCGACGACGCGACAUGUGCCUCUGCGCACGCCGACGGGGCAGAGCUACACGGACUGGCUGCCAUUGUACUUGCACCCGUCGCACUUUGCACGCCACGGCCGCAACGUCUUUGCGCCCGUCGGCACCAUGUCGUAUCUGGACGUACUGCUCCGCGCGAUGAACUCGCAGAUCGUGGCCGUCAUGCAGGGCAACGAGCACGAGUCCGAGGCCGCGAUCAUCGCGUACGCCAACGUGCUGCGCCUUGCGAAAGCGUACCUCGCCGCGAUGCCGUCCGCGCAGGCGACGCUCAAUAGCCAAGUGGCGUCGUUCGUGCGGACGCCAUCGCAGCGGCUCAAGGCGGCGGUGCCGGACCUCGGCGAGUUCUUCAUCAAGAUCUGCCUCUCGAGCUCGCGCAACCACGACUUUUCGAAUGCUGACACAAAGGCCGCGCUCUUUGGCGAGCACUUUGCGCGCCAAGUGCGCUGGAUCCGGCAGGCCGACGCGGCGUGCGUCGACUUUGGCUCCGAGUGUCCGAACCGCCUCGGUCGGCUCUUUGCGGCGAGCGAGACCUCGAACCGCAUGCUCACGUUUGCGAUCGAGAUGUCGCGCACGUUUGGCGGCGCCGACUUUGGUACACAUAUGGACGCGCACUACGGCCUCCCGCCCAGCGCGGUGCUCAGCGCGUUCCAAGACCGCAUCAAGCGCAUCAAGUCGAGUCUGACCAACUACAACAUUUUGAUGCAGGCGUGGGGCUACAGCGACCAGGUCCAGUCGCCGGACGCGAUGCUCGCCGUCUUGCGCGCGGCUGUCGACCAGUCGGCGCGCGCCGGGUACGACCGCACGACGUGGAAGGGCGGCCUCUACUACCGCUACAUCCUCGAGGCCCUCAAAGUCCACCGCGAAUGGUACAACCGCAACCAGCAGUACGUUCAGCUCAAGAAGGACGAGAAGCGGCUCGAAGCCCACGUUGCGACCUUGCGCAGCAUCAUGGCCUCGUCGUUGAGCACGCUGGAGCUCGAGGUUGGGCUCCGCGAGGCCGAGCUCGAAGGCCGCGUCGGGACGUACAAGGUCAUGUUUGAGGUAUCCAAGAUCGCAUCCGCGCUCAGCCGUCCUCUUGUCAAGCUGCAGGUCUUGAAGCCAAACGACUCGUCCAUCUCGAUCUACUGCGACACGUUUGUGCUGGACAUUAUCCUCUCGGGCGGCGACGGCGAGAUUGAGUCGACGACGCUCGUCACCGUCAUCAAAGAGCAAUCGAGUCAGUUUCCGGAGCGCGACGAAGACCUCCUCCGGAGCCUCAAGGCGCUCGUGGCCGGCGACAGCCAACCGUUCACGACCAAGCUGUACCGGCUCGUGAACCGCGCCGAGCUCGCCGUCAAGUUCCCGCAGACCAACUUUGACAAGCUCGAGAACGAGAUGUUUGCGAUGCUGCAGCAAGUCUGCGCGCGCUCGCCGAAAUGGAGCAUUGCACGCGGCGUCGACGGCGUCCUCAUCACGUUCAAGGACGAGCUCCAGUGCUUCCCGCUCUUUGACGAGGCGCUGCCGCCGCAGAAGCGCGCCAAGCGGUCGCACGACGAGGACGUGAGCGACGCGAGCGCCGACCGCGGCGGCUGGCGCGAGUGGACCGGCUGCGUCACCUUCACCGAGUGGAAGAGCUCGGUGGUCAUGCACGUGCUCUGCGACACGCCGCUGAUCAUGUCGGGCAUCCAGUCGCGCCGGCUUGCAGCCACGAUCCUCGGGUACCAGGACGAGCUGCGCGAGAAGGCGUUCAUGGAGCUCGCCAACAAGGCGCCGUCGGCGACCAAGACCAAGGAAGACAAGAGCGCGUUCCCGAUCUCGCUCGAGUCACAUCUGCGGUUUGUGCGCGAGGGCAGCACCAACGUCGUGCUCUCGGCGACGCAGAACAUGGGCCUCGUCCUCGACUGCGCGCUCGUGACCAAGGAGAUUGCGGGUGGCGUCCAUUUCCACGCGUUUCCUAUUCCGAUGCUGCAAGCGUCCACCGACAGCCUCGUGCGCAUCUUUGGCGUCGUCGGCCACAGCCUCUUCUUCCAGUCGAUCCUCGCGAGCUGCUUCCUCGGGCCGCGCAACGUCUUUGGCCGCAACGAGGUCCUCGAGAUGGACAACGGCGCGAUGACCAAAGUCGCGAUGCAGGUCGAGGUCGCGGCGCCGACGUCCAUGACGCUCAAGCUCACGAGCGACGUGCUGGAGGGCGAGAGUUUCCACAUUGAGGUCGAGACCAAGGAGGACUACUCGAUGCACGUGCGGCUGCGCAACCACCCGGCGCUCAACGCAGCGGCCGCGCAGAUCGCGUCGGCGUGUCACUCGCUGCCGCUGCUCUGCUACUUUCUCUUGCAGUCGUCCAUGAAGAGCGCCAUGAUGCUCGCCGACACGCUCCCCGAGAAGCUCGCGACCGAAGUCGACGCGCUCGAGAACGACGCGGGCGACGUGGUCGACGACGACGACAUGGCCGUCGGCAGCGACAUUCUCCUCGACGACGAAAACUUUUAUUGACAGAAGUACGCCAUGCGUGUCAACGUCAGCGUUGUGGUCGGGAUUUUUGGGAAAUUUAACGCUUGUACGCCGCUGCCAACGACACCGCGCGGUGCGUUGGGCUCGCCAGCGUGUACACUA